AUGGCUCUGGCUUAUUUAAGUAGCAGCAGUAGUAGUGAUAGUAGUACUGAUGAAGAAAUUGAAUUUUUGGGUAAUAUGAAUCAAUACUUCAACAAACCUCGAAGACCAUAUUUAUUAUCCAUAAGAAUAGACCAUUUAUUUAAAUGGGAUGAGCAUGAUUUUUUUGCCAGAUUCCGUUUGAGUAAAAACACGUUUAAAAUUGUUUUAGAAAUGGUACAACAAAGAGUUACAACUGUCACACAAAGAAAUCGUGCUGUCACUGCUGAACAACAAUUGUUAUUAACACUGAGGUUUUAUGCUUCAGACUCAUUUUUGAUAAAUGUUGGUGAAUUAUUUGGUAUUCAUUACUCAACUGCAUCAAAUAUAAUAAAAAAAAUGAAUAUUGCUCUAGCAAGCCUAAGACCACGUUUUAUAAACAUGCCCAGCAAUGCUAAUGAAAUUUCAGAUCUUCAGACAAGAUUUCAUUUGAAAGCCAAAUUUCCACGGUGUAUCGGAGCCAUUGAUUGUACACAUGUUAAAAUAUCAUCACCAGGUGGCGAUAAUGCAGAGAAUUACAGAAACAGGAAAAACUUUUUUUCCAUUAAUGUACAAACCAUAUCGGACGAUCAAUUAAUGAUACGAGAUAUAGUUGCACGCUGGCCUGGUUCGUCACACGAUUCAACUAUAUUUUUCAAUUCUUCCAUCUAUAGACGUCUAGAAGCAAACGAAUUUGGAAAUGGUCUGAUUGUUGGUGAUGGUGGAUAUGCAGUGAAAAAUUACUUAUUGACACCUCUAUUAAAUCCACUCACAAGAGCAGAAAAUUUAUACCAAGAGUCCCAAAUUCGAACUAGAAAUGUUGUUGAACGAUCCUAUGGAGUUUGGAAAAGGAGAUUUCCGGUAUUAUCAUUAGGGAUUCGUUUGGAUUUAAGCAAAGUAGAAGCAAUUAUUGUAGCAACUGCUGUAUUACAUAAUAUUGCUAUUCUACAAAAAGAAAAAAUACCAGUUACUACAAAUGAAAUUCAAGAACAAAUCAAUUUAGUAAAUUCUGUCAACAAUAAUGUGACUAACGAUAAUAUUAGAAAUAAUGCAAAUGAUAGAACAAGAAAGAAUUUGAUUAAUAGACACUUUGGUGAAAUGUGUUAA